UCCGUAUGGCCCUGUAUGACUGCUCAGGUGGCUUUCCUCCAGGGAGAAAGGAAAGGGCAAGAGAAUCUCAAGACGGACCUGGUGCGGCGGAUCAAGAUGUUAGAAUAUGCGCUGAAGCAGGAGAGGGCUAAAUAUCACAAACUGAAGUUUGGGACAGACCCGAACCAGGGAGAGAAGAAGCCAGAACUAUCAGAACAAGUCUCCAAUGGCCCUGUGGAGUCGGUCACCCUGGAGAACAGCCCACUGGUGUGGAAGGAGGGGCGGCAACUUCUUCGACAGUACCUGGAAGAGGUGGGCUACACGGACACCAUCCUGGACAUGCGGUCCAAGCGUGUGCGAUCCCUCCUGGGACGCUCAUUGGAGAUCAACGGGACCGUGGAACCCAGCGAAGGGGGCCCCAGGGCCACACCAGGCCCCGGGGGGCUCAGCGGUGGGGAGUCACUGCUGGUGAAACAGAUAGAGGAACAGAUCAAGAGGAAUGCAGCAGGCAAAGAUGGCAAAGAGCGCUUGAGUGGCUCGGUGCUGGAGCAGAUCCCCUUCCUGCAGAACUGUGAGGACGAAGACAGCGACGAGGACGACGAACUGGACAGUGUGCAGCACAAGAAGCAGCGCGUGAAGCUGCCAGCCAAGGCCCUGGUGCCUGAAAUAGAGGAUGAAGAUGAGGAGGACGACUCGGAGGAUGCCAUCAAUGAGUUCGAUUUCCUGGGCUCAGGCGAGGACGGGGAGGGCUCUCCGGACCCUCGGCGAUGCGCUGGAGAGGGGGCCCACCAUGAGCUGGAAAGCCGGCGGGUCAAACUCCAGGGAAUUUUGGCCGACCUUCGGGAUGUGGAUGGGCUGCCCCCCAAAGUGACAGGACCGCCUCCUGGCACACCCCAGCCUCGGCCACACGAAGGUUCCUUUGGCUUCUCCUCAGACGUUUUCAUCAUGGACACUAUCGGGGGCGGGGAGGUGAGCCUGGGGGACUUGGCAGAUCUCACCGUCACCAAUGACAACGACCUCAGCUGUGACCUGUCUGACAGCAAAGAUGCCUUUAAGAAGACGUGGAACCCCAAGUUCACCCUUCGGUCACACUACGAUGGCAUUCGCUCCCUGGCUUUCCACCACAGCCAAUCGGCUUUGCUCACCGCUUCCGAGGACGGCACGCUCAAGCUCUGGAACCUGCAGAAGGCUGUCACCGCCAAGAAGAAUGCUGCACAAGACGUGGAACCUAUCCAUGCCUUCCGGGCUCACAGGGGCCCCGUGUUGGCAGUAGCCAUGGGCAGCAACAGUGAAUACUGUUACAGUGGUGGGGCAGAUGCCCGCAUCCACAGCUGGAAGAUUCCAGACCUCAACAUGGACCCCUACGAUGGUUACGACCCCAGCGUGCUGAGCCACGUCCUGGAGGGCCACGGGGACGCCGUGUGGGGCCUGGCCUUCAGCCCCACCUCCCAGCGUCUCGCCUCCUGCUCCGCUGAUGGCACCAUCCGCAUCUGGGACCCCAGCAGCAGCAGCCCGGCCUGCCUCUGUACCUUCCCCACAGCCAGCGAUCACAGGAUCCCCACCUCAGUGGCCUUCACCAGCACCGAGCCGGCCCACAUCGUGGCCUCCUUCCGCUCUGGCGACACCGUCCUGUAUGACCUGGAGGCUAGCAGUGCCCUCCUCACGCUGGAGUCCCAGGGGAGCAGCGGCCCAACCCAGAUCAACCAGGUGGUGAGUCACCCAAACCAGCCCCUCACCAUCACCGCCCAUGACGACAGAGGCAUCCGCUUCCUGGACAACCGGACAGGGAAAUGCGUGCACUCCAUGGUGGCCCACCUGGAUGCUGUCACCUGCCUGGCUGUGGACCCCAAUGGCGUGUUCUUGAUGUCAGGAAGUAAGUUGCUCUUAAGGAGCAAGGGCAUGUGCCUUCCCCAGCCGGCUGGGCACUGGCCCCGAGGGAGUGCUCGGUGGACUCCUAAGGGGGGGGACGCGCUGGGCAGGGGGCCUUAGGGCAGGAAGAAAGGUGGUCAUGAUGAGCAGAGCCCCUCCUAGGCACUUUCCUACAUCAUCUCCUUUCCUCGGAAUAACCCGACGAGGUGGGUACUUUUAUCCCCAUUACACAGAAGUGGAAACUUACGUCACUGGCACAGCCCAGUGGGUUGCAGGCGUUGACGUUCUGGUCUAUUUGAUUCGGUCCCCACAGGCUUUUAU